UUUUAUUUUUCUCCAAGCAUGGCAGAACAAAUUAGAGCAAUCUUUCUUCUCUUGGCAUUCUGCUUCGUGUGCAAGGCAUUUGAUUUCAAUUUUGAAGUGUUUGAUGAAAGGGACGUUCGUGUCGCGUACGAUUUGCUUCCUCUCAAAAAUAUAUCAAUACCUAACGCUGGCAACUUGAAUUUCCACGUCAAGGUAGACAAAAAAGGCACAACAUACCAACUACUUAUCAGCUCCUAUCUGACCAACGUCAACACAAAAGAUAGGGCUUACCUUUGGACGGGUCUGAAGAACUUGACAACCGCCAAACUUGUUCCUCUGCCUCCUACUCUCUACUGGCCUAAAGACAUCACACCCGCCCCUAAUGAUGCCUUUCCGUUUGAGCUGGCAGUGACGAUCCCAGACGGAGCGGAUAUCGUAGGUAAAGGAGAUGGAAAGGUGAUCCUGGUCGAUAUAAGCGACAUCAACUUUCAGAAUUAUUUCGAUCUAACGAGUCCGAAAACCCCGACCAAGAAGACUUUCAUUUUCGGUAGACUAAUAUGGAUGGACCUCGGUGGCAUUAGAACUAAUUAUCAUUUUCUCACUUGUAGACGCAUUAUCUCGGACGUGUAUAAUUUUUCAGAGGGUAGAAACCAGUUAGUACUCUACCACAGUCCCUCCCUUGGCGAAGACUUGACCAGACCGUGGGUGGACAUCAUCCUCAAGGAAAACGCCUGUGACGGCAAUCUUGUACUGGCCCACAUUAAACAAAAGAAAGAUGAUUGGCAGGUCGUCUAUACAACUGGCAAAGUUAUGAAGAGCUUGAACUUUUUCUGGCCUGAAACCGCCAGAGGUAAUCCUGGAUCGUGGGACGCUCCUGAAGAAAUAAAAGGUCUGGUUUUGGAAAAAGGUCGGGAAUAUUUCGAUGUUUUGGUCGGUGACAUGAACAAAGAUGGCUUCCUUGACGUCAUCGUCAGCGUGCAGGGAUCAGGAAGUGAUAGGAAUGGGACCGUAGAAGUCUGGCAGAUUGAUCCGCUCAACUUCCGGGAAGUUUCAGGAUAUGUUCGACACGUGAUAGCUGGAGAUUUCAUUCCAAGGAUCGGAGCCAAGGAUAGGAGUCCCGGGUCACUCAAACUUUUCUAUCCUGAUAAGCAAUCAGAAAGUGGCAAACCGUGGGUUCUGGUAGCUGGUGGCGAUAAUGGCAAAGCUUACUACCUCCAACCAAACAACAAUGACAAGUAUAAAUGGGAUUAUACCAAGGUUGAGAUAAACCUUGAAUCACUAGCAGAGCAGACAGUUAACGGGGUAGAAGUUGGCGACGUUGAUGGGGACGGCUACGCCGAAGUUUUUGUAUCCCUGCACAACAAUGGAUUUGUUAAAGUGUACACUUUCCGAAAAGCUCCUCCUACUACAACUAGUAAACUUACUACCACUGAAGCCACUACUACUACUAAAGCCACUAAUACUACUAAAGCCACUUUUCCUACUACUACUAAAGCCACUACUACUACUAAAACCACUUUUCCUACUACUACUAAAGCCACUUUUACUACUAAAGCCACUACUACUACUAAAGCCACUACUACUACUAAAGCCACUUUUACUACUAAAGCCACUACUAAUACUAAAACCACUAAUGCUAUUACAACCUAUACUACCUUACCUACUUCUAAAACCACUACUACUUUUACAGCUACUACAUGGUGGAUGGAAAAGCUGUUUGGCUCCAGGGAGAAUAAUGAUAAGGACGUGGCCACAAGGCGCUACAUAAGACAGCUCCAAAUGCAGAGGUUUGAAGGGAGAAACUAA